ACGCUACAAGUAAUCGGUCAUCACUAGUGUUGGUACUGUUACUCGAAGUUCCUGUUGUGUAGAAAAUAGAACUUGAUAUUUUUUCCGAUAGUACUGAAAUACACUUUUUAAUCAUAGCAGCCCAAUUAUUUAGAAUUCCGAUUUAUCUCUCUCAUGUAUAUCUCUUAAAGAACAAAUUGAUUUGGUAACGAAAAAAAGUUAAACGAAAGAACUCAAGGUUAGCGAUCGUGAGUGAAUUACAAAGCGAAUUCUUUCAAAAUGUCGGACCCUGAUGCGUUAAACAUAGACCAUUUAAUUGCUAUGCUGCUGGAAGUGCGCGGCGCACGACCUGGCAAAAAUGUUCAACUCUCUGAGAAUGAAAUUCGAGGAUUAUGCUUGAAAUCUAGAGAAAUUUUUCUAUCACAGCCAAUUUUGUUGGAAUUAGAAGCACCAUUGAAAAUUUGCGGUGACAUCCAUGGCCAGUAUUACGACCUCUUACGUCUGUUUGAAUAUGGAGGAUUUCCACCAGAAUCUAAUUAUUUAUUUCUUGGUGAUUACGUUGAUAGAGGCAAACAAUCGCUUGAAACAAUUUGCCUUUUACUCGCUUAUAAAAUUAAAUACCCUGAAAACUUUUUUCUGCUUAGAGGAAAUCAUGAAUGCGCCAGCAUUAAUAGAAUAUAUGGCACUGUUUUUCCUCCGCGAGCACUACGCCACGAUAGAAGCAAUCGUGAAUGUAUCCGUCGCCUGCCAGGAUUACACAAAAUAACACACUUUUGCCUAAAAAAAAAUUUCUGCUGCUUAACACUACUUGUGUUCUACUGCCACUACUGACAAACGGGACCUCAA